UUCGGCCGAGCACCGAGGGGGCGGGGCCGGGCCUGGCCAGGGUGACCCGGGGGCUAGGUGUCCGGGCAAGCGGUGGAGGAGUUCGGAGCGACCAUGCUGAGCGCCACGUGCCGCAGGCUCGCCCCGGCGAUGCGGGGUCCGCGCUCACCGUCCGCCGUCGCCAGGAGGUAUCUGCUGGCGCCUGGGGUCAGGUCCUUUGCUGACCAGAGCGAGAGGGCGGAGGAGCCCCGCACCUUCCACCCGGCGCUGCUGAAGUUCCUGGUGUGUCCGCUCUCCAAGAAGCCGCUUAGAUACGAAGCAUCGACGAAUGAACUGAUUAAUGACGAGUUGGGAAUAGCCUAUCCAAUCAUUGAUGGGAUCCCGAAUAUGAUACCGCAGGCAGCGAGGACAACACGUCAAAAUAAGAAGCAAGAAGAGGUUGAGCAGCAUUAGACCAUGAUUGUUAAAAGCAUAACUGCUGAGUUCUCUAAUACUGUAGACCUUAAAGACAGGGAAGGGCAGUUGGGGAAGAACAGUGAUUCAUGUCUGUCUGCUAGACUGUUCUUCCACUACUCUCAUUAGCAGAACUGUUCUGAGAUGCUUUCUGGAGGACAAUUUCCCACAGGGCUGCACCCGCACAGCCAGGCUUUGCUUUUACAGUCUGCUCUUGCCAACUACCAUGCCAGUGUGUAUGAUCUUCCACCUUCGGACCUAGUUGGGUCUAAAACUCUGUAAGCAUAGUUAGUGUAGCCAGAGUCAGAAUGACGUAUACAUUAGUAAGAGGUCUGAGGCAGUAUCUGAAAACUACACACAAACCCCUUUGGUUUACAAAAAGAUUUACUUGUCUUGUUUCAGACUGAGGACUAUGACGCAGGCUGUGGAAGCUUUUUUGUGUCCUCAUUUUUUGAAGAUUCUCACUUGUAACUGCUGUAUCCGAAGAAGCAUAUCAGCGAAAUAUCUCAGUGCAGAUUAACAGCUUCGGUCAUCCGCUGAGGCCUGUUCCUCAUCCCAUUCAUUUAAAAGUUAGUAAUUUGAAAUGUUUGUUUGGUUUCAAGGUCAAUGGUAAGCUUAAGUACUUAGAAAAUUCUGAGUGUAUAAAAUUACCUUCAUCACUUUGGAAUCACAUGCUUACAUCAAUAAUAAAAUAAGAUGUUGACAGUUUA